AAUUAUUAUUUUUACAUAAUGGAUUAACAAGAUUAUCACAAAAUUGAUCCAACUAUUAUCGAAGACCCUAUGUUAGACGAUGGUUACACCAGGUAAGUUCUUUAUUUUUAUAAAUAUUAGAAAAUUUGGAGCCUACAAACCUAAAUUUCAUGGAACUACUCCAGGUUAUUAUCCUUUUGAAUGCAUUGAUUACAUUUAUGUCAUUCUUAUGACUAUCUUUACUUGGGGAGUCUGUAUACCUAUAUGGUAUGGAUUGAUAGAAGCUGGUAAGUACUUUAAAUCUUAAAAAUAGCUAAGGCAAAUUCAAAAUAAUAUGCAAUAGUUUGUGCAGUGGUGUUUGUAGGAUUUUAUGUAAUAUAAGCAUUAGCGACAUACUAUGGUGGUAGAAUGAAGAAAGUGAUUGAGAAUCAAAUGAUUGAAGAUAAAUUAAAAGAGAUGUAAUAGAAAGAACUUGAUAAGUAAAAGCUUUUAGCAGCAAUAUGAAUAUUAAUAUAAGAUUGUUAUUAUAUAAAG